CCAAAAAUAUUAUAUUCAUUUCAAUAACUCGCUAAUACAUUUUCAAAUUCUAAUAUACGUUUCUUAUUUUGAAGAUUAUUUUCCAUAGAUUUGUGGCAGAAUUAUCUGGUGAGAUUUUUUCCAUUCAUAAAUUUAACUAUAUUUUUAAAAUUUCAAUUUCUAUUUUUAUGCCUUUGUUCAUUUGGUAAGGGCUGUGAUCUCGCGAAAUCACGGAACUGGGGUCGUUUCACGAGAAACAACGAGAAUUGACACCAUCUUCUUCUAGUGGGGGUCGAACAUCAACUACUUUUUCUUUAGAAAAUAAAAUAGUGUUUUGGAUUGUGAUUACAAAAUUUUCAGCAGUUUUGAAAAGUAAAAUAUUGAAACAAACAUUUAUACUUUGAAGAUUCGUCACUAGUACAAAUUUGUAGUGAAGACUGCAAGUGUGUUAGUUUGAGUCGGCUAUUGAAACCAACGAGGCAGCGUGGCUCUUUGUUUCUGCCAACUUACAAGGUGUUGUGUUGGGAAGAGGAGGAGGUGGGGCGUCGUAAUGUGGUGCGUGGGCGGUGUGUGAGGAGGAGCAGGAAGGAGGAGGGGGGCCGAAGUGUUAGUGUGUGUGUGUGCUAGUGUGUGCGGUGUGGUGACUGUGGCAGUGUGCUAGUGUGUGCUGACAAUGGACAAGCGGAAAAUGAUAACGAAGAGGCCGCGAAUGGACAACCUGGGUGGGGGGCGGGGCCCGAUCACGAAUGGCCCCAUGCAGACGAGGCCAUUGGUGGCGCUGCUCGACGGUCGUGACUGCUCCAUUGAGAUGCCCAUACUCAAGGAUGUUGCCACUGUCGCCUUCUGCGACGCACAGUCCACAUCCGAAAUACACGAAAAGGUCAUAAAUGCAGCGCAAAACGAAUUUGAAAAUAAUAGCGAAUUUAAAUAUGGCAAAACGCUACGAAUUAUUGUCCGUAUUGGUAGUGGUGUGGAUAAUAUUGAUGUUAAGGCUGCUGGUGAAUUGGGAAUAGCUGUAUGUAAUGUGCCCGGGUAUGGAGUGGAGGAGGUGGCGGACACGACGCUGUGCCUCAUACUGAACCUGUACAGACGCACCUACUGGCUGGCGAACAUGGUGAGGGAGGGCAAGAAGUUCACCGGACCCGAACAGGUGCGCGAGGCGGCCCAGGGCUGCGCCAGGAUACGAGGAGACACGCUCGGUAUUGUUGGACUAGGGCGAAUUGGCUCUGCAGUAGCUCUACGAGCAAAAGCAUUUGGUUUUAAUGUUAUUUUCUACGACCCCUACCUACCCGAUGGAAUUGAAAAAUCCCUUGGAUUAACACGAGUUUAUACAUUACAAGAUUUACUUUUUCAAUCUGACUGUGUAUCAUUGCACUGUACUCUCAAUGAACAUAACCAUCACCUAAUAAAUGAAUUUACCAUCAAGCAAAUGAGGCCAGGUGCAUUCCUGGUGAAUACAGCACGAGGAGGCCUGGUCGAUGACGACGCGUUAGCAGCAGCACUGAAGCAAGGACGAAUCCGAGCGGCGGCACUUGACGUCCAUGAAAAUGAACCCUACAAUGUGUUCCAAGGCGAGCAAAGACCGCUGAAGGACGCACCGAACCUGCUGUGCACACCGCACGCGGCCUUCUACUCGGACGCCUCGUGCACGGAGCUGCGGGAGAUGGCCGCCUCUGAGAUCCGCCGCGCCAUCAUGGGGCGCAUCCCCGACUGCCUGCGCAACUGUGUCAACAAGGAGUACUUCCCGUCGGGCGGUGUCGCGGUCGGCGGCUAUCCUGUCAUGGGGCAUAAAAUGGAUAACAGCGUUAAACGAGAAAUACAUGAAGGUGGAUAUCUAUCCCCUUCAGAGUCGAUAGCUAUGGCUUUUAAGGUUGGAGCUGCGGCGGCAGCAGCCGAAGGAAUGAAUGGCGGCUACUACGCAGCGGCAGCGGCGGCGGCGGCAGCAGCGGCGGCAGCGGGAGGUGGUGUAGGCGGAGGCGGCGGCGGCGGUGGAGGUGGUGGGGGCGGUCCUCCGCCCGCCCUGCCACCCCCCGUCCAGCAGGCGCACUCGACCACGCCGCACGAGGUGCCGCCUCCACGGCCCGAACCUCUGCCUCCUCACUCACUACCUCUGAGCUCAGGGCCCGACCCAUCAAAUCAUCACGCACAGAAGCCCGAGUCAUCUGAGGUGCAUUAAUAGCAGCCGGGCGACAGGGGACGGCACUCUCUCUCUCUCUCUCCCCCUCCCCAUGCCGUUGCCACUGCUGCUGCUGCUGCUGCGCGGUUGUCUCUACAUGUACAAAUCAAUAUCAGAGUCGACUUAUUCAUGCAACAUACAACUGGAGAUAUCAUUCAAGUGUUGGAACAUCAUAUCUUUCUGGUUAUUUCAGAUUUGUUUCAAUUAUUGACGAUAAUUGUUACAAAAAAUUUAUUUCAAUUAUUUUGUAUCAUUAUGAUUAUUCUAUUAUUAUUACUAUUAUUAUGAUAUUGUGUUUUAGAUAAGAAUUUUUAUACUGUAUACUGUCACGAGAUACUGUGCGUUCUUGCUUGAAACAUUUCACAGUCGAGUAAAUUUACUUAGUCGAGCGUUUAAAAUAUUCUUUAUAACUAUAGAUUAAUUUUACAGUUUAGAAAACAAAUUGUCGAGUCGUAAAAGUAUAUGAAGCAAGUGAAAAUCGUAUUUUUUGAAAAUAGUACAAAAAUGUAUUGUUGAAAUGCCCCUUGUAUUUGCUUGUUUUAUAUUACGGUUUUGUGAACUGAGUUCAGUUGCUGUUAUGUGAAACUUCAAAUCAUCUAGUUGUAAAUAAUAUUAUACAUUUUUUCCCAUUGCAAUGGUAGUUUUUCAUAAAACUCUCCUUUUUGAUGGUAUGCGGCUAUAAUAUGUUGUCGUAGUUAAAUGACUUGCUUGUUGAUCAGUUCUUGUGAUAUCGAACUUGAAAGUAUUCAAGCAUUAUUUGUGUUUAAUCGGACGUAUAUUCAAUCGACGGAUGCUUGUUAUCUUUCUCACUCAUCAGCCAGUUCUUCUGUUUGAAGAGUUCUGAAUCCUAGAUUAUAUUAAUCAUGCUGGUAAUGACAGAUCUCUUGCUUGAAUGUGACGCCCGAUGAUUUAUUUAUUCAUGAACAAGCUGAACUCAGUUGACAAAGUGUAAUAUUUUGUUGAAUAUAUACAUAAAUACAUAUUGUAUGGCUGCAUCGGUAGAGCCGUCUCUUACCCUAUAAUGUUGCUCGUUGUCUUGCUAGAUGGAAGUGGAUGAUUCUGUGUUGACAGUUUUUCUACGUAUAUUAACAGUUUUUGAUAAGUGUGCAAGUGGGAUGCUGAUGCUGAUCUCAGUCAGUGUUUUUGAAAUUGCCGCCGUCGAGUGCAGUGAAUGAAAAACAAAUAUUAGUGAAAUUUAUCAAUUGUAGACAUUUUGACUAAUGUGUAUAAAAUUAUAAUGCAGCAUGUAAAGUGAUAGUAGUUGGAAUAACUACAGUUUGCAACUGAUAUUAUGCUUGAACUCAACUGACUAUUGUAAUUUUGUAUUUCAUGUAAAUGAUUUCUGGCAUUAUCAACUUUUAUCUUUUGAAUAUUUUGAUCACUUUGUAUUGUAAGCUGCUAAAUAUUAAUAAUAUGCUGGAUCGAAUAUUAUUCCACAUUUUUU